GGAGCUGGUGGAGGCUCUGAGAGGGGCAGCUAGGACAAGGGAAGGCAGGGUCUGCAGGAUGUGCCAGGGCAGAGCCUGGAUCUUCCCAGUUGUGUUGAGAAAGAUGGGAGGAGAGAUUGCACCAAAAGGAAACCUUGGAGUGGGAGGAGAAAUGAUGAAAGAAACCCAAAUUUCACAACCCCAAAGGAUCAGGGACAGCAGCCACCACUGCUGGCCCCAGGUGCAUCCAUCCUGUGGUGUUGGAGAGGGGAGAGAUGGAUGAGUGGACUGGGAGCUCGGCACUUGCCACUGGCAGAGGGGACAUCGGCAAGUGUGUCUGCGCGAUGCCCCACGUGGGAAAAGGAUGGGCAGCCAUGACAGCAUAGGCCGGCGGCAAGAGAUGAAUCGGUUCAGCGAGUGCGGGACGCAGACGGACGCGGUGGUGGUGCUGUCCCUGGCACAGGCUGCGGUCCUGGGCCUGGUGUCCGAUAAUGAGCUGCUCGGGGCCACCAUCACCCCUACUGGCUUCUUCCCGGGGCUGGCUGGGGAGCAACUGGACAAUGGCACCAUGGAGCCUGGGGAGCCUGAGGGUGAGGAGCAGGUGCCUGGGGAUGGGCAGGAUGAAGACACCCUGGAGGCAGAAUCCUCCCUGGAGAAGCAUGCCCGGAGGAGGAAGAGGCCGCCUGUGAGGCUGGUGCCCAAGGUCAAGAGUGAGAAGGCAGAGGUGGAGGCUGAGCCACCAUACAAUGCGUCCAUCCCUGGGGACGAGGAAGGCGAGGGGCAGCAUGGCCAUCCGCCCCAGCCCCCAGAGUCGGCGGUGCAGAGCGGUGCCAUGAAGAUGAUCGACCUGGGCACCUUCAGCAGGAAGCCCCGACGCCUGCGGCACCUGCGCCGGCAUCGGGAGCUGGAGGGCACCGAGCGCCGGCACAGGGGCAGUGACCUGGCCAGCAGCACUGUGGGGGCCCCACAAACCGUGGGCACCUUCGAGGAGGGCGCCCCAUCCCCUGGUGAAGCAGAGGCCCCUGUGCCAGCAUCCCCCGAGCAGGUGAAGAGUGAGCAGGGCUGUGGCUGGCAGGAACCGGGGGAGCUGGAGGCGGCCGGCGGCACCAGUGAGCACAGCAGGAAGGCGCAGCUGGACCGGCUGGACAUCAACGUGCAGAUCGAUGACUCCUACCUGGUGGAGGCAGGGGACCGCCAGAAGCGCUGGCAGUGCCGCAUGUGCGAGAAGUCCUACACCUCCAAGUACAACCUGGUGACCCACAUCCUGGGCCACAACGGCAUCAAGCCCCACUCGUGCCCACACUGCAACAAGCUGUUCAAGCAGCCCAGCCACCUGCAGACCCACCUGCUGACCCACCAGGGCACACGGCCCCACAAGUGCGGGGUGUGCAGCAAAGCCUUCACUCAGACCAGCCACCUGAAGCGGCACAUGCUGCUGCACACCGACAUCAAGCCCUACAGCUGCCGCUUCUGCGGCCGCGGCUUCGCCUACCCCAGCGAGCUGAAGGCGCAUGAGGUGAAGCACGAGAGUGGGCGCUGCCACGUGUGCGUGGAGUGCGGGCUGGACUUCUCCACGCUCACCCAGCUGAAGCGGCACCUGGCCACGCACCAGGGCCCCACACUCUACCAGUGCCUGGAGUGCAGCAAGUCCUUCCACUACCGCAGCCAGCUGCAGAACCACAUGCUGAAGCACCAGAAUGUCCGGCCCUUUGUCUGCACCGAGUGUGGGAUGGAGUUCAGCCAGAUCCACCACCUCAAGCAGCACUCGCUCACGCACAAGGUAGGGGCUAAGGGUCCUCUGGGGUGCUGCCCUCAUCGUGCCCAGAGGAGAUGUGCCAGCGCUGGAUGUGGGUGCUGGCGGAGAGGAGUGGCCCAGUGCCCCCAGUCUUGGGAGGAGGGCGUGAAGGAGUUCAAGUGCGAGGUGUGCGGGCGGGAGUUCACGCUCCAGGCCAACAUGAAGCGGCACAUGCUGAUCCACACCAGUGUCCGGCCCUACCAGUGCCACAUUUGCUUCAAGACCUUUGUGCAGAAGCAGACGCUCAAGACCCACAUGAUCGUGCACUCACCGGUGAAGCCGUUUAAGUGCAAGGUCUGCGGCAAGUCCUUCAACCGCAUGUACAACCUGCUGGGACACAUGCACCUGCAUGCUGGCAGCAAGCCCUUCAAGUGUCCCUACUGCUCCAGCAAGUUCAACCUGAAGGGCAACCUCAGCCGGCACAUGAAGGUCAAGCAUGGGGUGAUGGACAUCAGCCUGGACAGCCAAGAUGCCAUGAUGGAGCUGGCUGGGGCUGACCACGCCGAGCUGGAUGGCCAGCAGGAGAUGGAUGACUUCGAGGAGGAGAACUCUUACGGCUACGGGGCUGUGGGCAACCCCCCAGACGAGCACACGCUGGCCGAGCAGGCCAUGAAGGAGAUGGCCUACUACAACAUGUUGUAGCCAAGGCUGGUGGGGCUGUGGGGGCUUGGUGGGGUUAAGAGGGGCUGCAGCACCCAGCCAGGCCCCCCCAGAGUUGGAGGGAUGGCUUCCACUGGGCUUGGGGAACACAGGGAUGUCCAGAAGCCUUUGCUGCACCUGCCUUGGCUCUGUUGCUGCCCCCCUGUCCCUGCCUGCACCCUGCACCUGGUGACUUGAAGCUGCAGGUAGGGGAGGCAUGUCCCAGCAGAUCACUGAAUGAGUAAGGAUGGAAGGGGCUGCUGUGGAGCAAGAUGAUGAGCAUCACUAAUUAUUCUACCUCCUGGGUCCCCCCCUCGGCUGCACAGGGGUUCCCCCUGAUGGGCAGAAGCCCCUGCCCACAUGAAGAGGUGGGUUUGCAUUCCGCACUCACCCCGGGGCUCCCUGUGUCAGGCCCUGGGAUGCAGAACAGAGUAUUUUCGUAGAAGCUCAGGGCGCAGUCAGCGCCCACAGCUCCGGGUCUGGAGCUGCAGCCAGCAGUGGAUCCGGGGGAGGCAAACCCAGCCCAGCCCCAGCAAAUGAUGGUAUUUUGAAAGUAAUUUAUUUUUUUCAGAUGUGCCGCGUGGUUGGAUUUAUCUUUUCACUGAGUUCAGUUCCCUUCAACCAAUGUGCUUUGUAAACCCGUG